CGGAGCGCGUCGAUACAAUUCAAGACAAGAAUAUUGGAAGUCCACCUAAUAUAUGAAUUUAUUUGUAACAAGUAUGUUAUUUUUACGAGGAGGGUCCAACCAUAUUUGGAAACACGAAAGUAGAAUUCCUUAGCCAUUGCUAAAGUUGCUUCGUCUACCUGUUAGAAGUGGUAGUUCAAUCUAAGAUUUGAGGGAGUAGAAUUGUUGUACAACGAAACCAAUAGAGAAAUAGGUCUUUGAAAAGAUGACGCUGCUCUACAUUAAGUUUCUCAAGUAGUGAAAGAGCAAGAGCAACUAUCUAAAUGAUAGAUGCCACUAAAAAAGUUGAAUCUCACCUAAAUCCUUCUAGCAGCUGCUCACUGCGUCAACGCGGCUCGUCUGAAUGUUUCAUAUCGAUCUGCUAAAAUAAACUGGUUCAGCAAAAUGAAUACUUUAGGUAGUAUUGAAAAUAUGACUUCCAUGGUGAAUCCUAGAUGCCCACAACUUGUAGUUAUGUAUCUUGUUCUACUUAAAAAAGAUGAUAUUCACUCAACUCUUCUCGUAUAUCGUUUAGAUGAAGAUGAUAAAAUUCAAAAAAUACAACUUGUGGAAUGUGGAUGCAUGUGAAGCUGAGGAGAAGUGAAGAAGGACAAGCAUGAUGCAAUUGUCAUAAGAUAGAAGCUUCCGUAAAAAUUUUCACUAGAAGAAGAAGCCAUACAUUAUAAGAAAAAAGGAUCUUCACCAAAACAAGCGAAACCCGCGCUCCCGCUCGUAUCAAAGUAGGUUGCCGAAGAACUCUUUGUUCAUGUUCAGCUUCAAAAUAUCUAAUGUUUUUAUAUAAACGUAUUGAUUUGUUCAAGAAGAUCAUGAUCACCAUUCACAAAGAUUUCAUGUCGCAACUGCAAAACAAGAUGAAGGUUGCCUACCUACAAAACAAGAACUUCGCAUUCGCUGUUCAUGUGAUCGUUUUCGUCAAGUAUAAUGAAUGUUGUGUUCAUCGUUGGCCGUUCCACUGAUAUUGAUUCAUCGUCGUUGGACAGAAGUUUUAACUGAGAGGACCCAAUAGAAGUGCUGGGGGACGAGAACGAGUGAAGCAAAAGACGCAGAGAGGUUUGAGGGAGUAACAAAUCGAUUCAACCUUUCAGAUGUUGAGCGUCGUUCGAAGUCAUACGCCUACUAUCAUCUCGACAUACUACCAUCUCGACCUACAACGCCUACUGAAUAGUAUACUAACACAAGAAUGAUCCAGCAAUUAUACUGAUUCAUCCAACACAACAUCAAUCCAAAGAUAGGAGGGGGAAGAAAGUAGAGGGGGUAGAACUAGAAAAACACCGCCUAGUAGAAGAGGUGGUUCGGAGCAAUCCUCCGAUUAAGACCUCAGUACAGAGCACAGUCGCGCCAUCAUACAGAUUACGCGCUGAAGCGCGUGGGUCUGGAAUUUUGUUCACAGCAGUCGAACCGCAAUCUUCGAAGAAGAACGCGAACUUCUACUUCGCAAAAGGAGAAUUAACGAACGAUUGUAACAAGCAGAACUUACUCAACAAGGAGUGUACUGAAAAAUAGGAAUACAACAACAACAAGCGGACAUCUUCUAAAAAGAAGAAUCUUCCGCUACAACGUUAACAGGAAUUUCCAAGAUCAGAAUCAGUUGUGCCAAAACUUCUUCAAAAACAUCUUGUUGUACAACGAAGAACUAGUUCUCCUUUCAGAACAGGAGAAGCAAACAACUUCAUCUUGUAGUUUCCAAGAAGAAAAAGCAACAAGAUGUCAGCUCGUACUCAGUGGAUGACGGCAAACGCCGCCUGCGUUUUCGAUCCUAAGGGAGAUCUUAACGUCCAGGGCGAUGUCGAUGCCGCAUUUCAAACAAACACGAAGAUUUAUGGCACCAUUCUUCACUUUGAAGAUGACUUUGUUGGUUGUUGUAGACUCCAAAUCGAAAUCAGAUGAUGCUAUAGAACACACCAUGUUGUGCAUUCACUUCUGCUACACGUACUUGUCCCUGGUCACGUAGUACUAGAAGUGUUGUGAAGGCUUCUGCCUCUAAUCCCUGGUCACGGACUUUCUUUCCGGUACGGCAAAAAAGAGCCACCUUUUCGUUUACUACCAGAAGCCAGAUGUUGUCACGGCAACAGGCGCGUUCCAAGAUGGACCGGGAAAGGCUAAGGUCAUCUUGACCUACGGUGAGAAGGAAAGGUACAACUGCUCUUACAGGAGUCACGAAUACAACAAAUGGCCUCCCUCCGUAGUUCUCCGCUGCGAAGUGGAAAAGUAGAGUAGCAUCGUGGCACUUAUUUGUUCAUGCAAGUCGUUAUUUGUUCAUGCUAUAGUUGUAAACUAAAUCAGUAUCAACAUCAAUCUGCUCAGCGCCCCUACCCCAGCACACCCAACAUUCAUUUACAACAGACUGAAAGGCCACGGCGUUUUUUUCGUGCGUAACUGUGGAGAAGGCAAGGCCAUCAAAGAUGAUGUCAACACGGAUAACGAGCUCCUCUUCGGUGAGAUUAGUGCAGCUCCUCUCGCCUCCAUGGGAGCUAGUUUGAACUCUUUUUUUGUGCCUCUGGUCCAAAAAACGGACCCCACUACGGUCUUCGGCAUGUGCCCAAGCGAACAAAAGACGGAUUUCGUCAAGAUGUUGGGAAAAUUCUCAGAAGAAUUGGGUGACGCGGUGAAAAGCAUGGCGGGAGGGAUUGUACAAAUUCUAUUCUCCAUUCUUGCCUUGUUUAAAUCGAGAAAAAGUUCGUCCACAUACUACUAUGUAUAAGAAAGUAUAAUCACGUUGUUUUUCCCCAUGAUAACCAUAGAAAAAACUUCUAGCGCUUGCUGAAGCUGAUUUUACAAUCUGAAAUUGAAUCCUCCAUUUCCUGCAAUUCGCCAACAGGAACUACAACCUCUGGAGCCCGAAAAGGAUAUUUCUGAUAAGCGUGUCGACUACGCGAGCUUGGUUACUACGCAGCCAGAUCUGAUCGCUUACUAUGAAACUGUCCUUGGCGGAUGGUGCGAGCAAAUCGAACAGUUUCUAGACGGUUCUGCUGACGAGGCUGUUACUUUAUGAACAAUGGCAGUGACGAGGACGACUUGCUCUUGUUGUAACUAAGUUCACAACUACAUGUUUUUUUCUAAGAAUUAGAAUCUUCACUCUCUUCAUGACGAGUGACGAGGACCUUCCGGGUUAGGGUUUAUGGUUUAGGGUUACUUAACGACCUACAAUCUAGUCCAGUCAUCAUUAUUUGGAAAGUCCGUCUCGAUCUCUUCUAAAGCCGGCUGAAGGCGGCGAGGUCCCUGGACCCCGCACUGAACUCGAGCAGUGGCGUGCUCGCAUGCAGAGGGUGACCAGUAUCACGGAGCGCCUGAAGGCCAAGGACUUCAAAACGGUGCAACAGGUCUUGCACGCGGUUUCUCGUGUCAGCGCCGAAAACAUGCAGGCCACGACUCGCCAAAGCGUGAUUGGCGUUUUGCGUCGUUGGAAGCGCAUCGAUGUUGGCAUCACGGAAGCCUUUAACGAGGCCAAGGACAACGUGAAGUACUUGAGCUCCCUAGACAAGUUCUUGGAGCCUCUGUACACGGGCACUCCGAGCCAGAUCAUCGAUGGCAUUCCGGCAUUGCUGAACAGCGUAAAAAUGAUCCACACGAUUGCGCGAUACUACAACACCACAGAGCGCAUGACCACACUCCUCACGAAGGUGACCAACCAGAUGAUCUUGAGCUGCAAGAUGUGCAUCCUAGGCGACGACUUGGACACUGGCAGUGACGAACUGUGGGAACGCGAUCCUCUCCAACUGAUCCGCAGUCUGGAACUCUGCUUGAAGAUGAACGAGAGCUACCAGGAGGAGUACCGCAGAACCAAAGAGAAGCUCAUGUUACGGCAAAUGCAUUUGUUGUUACAGAUACAGUCAGUUUCUUUCUUUGAAGUGAAAUAGUUUCUUGAAUUCUAAGGCCAAUGCGAUUGUUGUUACUCACGCAGUGCAGAAGCAGAAGGAAAAGAACAUUGGGUGCAUUUUCUCAAAAGAUGCAAAUACAUAUCUUUUGUGUUUUGUUAGAAAGAUCGUUUCUUGAAUUGUUGGGUUGCUCUCGAGAUUGUUGUUACUUCCCCAGCAUGAUCCUGUCCUCUCGUGCUUCUCGUCUAUCCUUCUAAGGGAAUAGAAACUCUAGUAUUCAAGAUGCUCUAGUAUUCAAGAUGGAUAAAAAUUUCUUCUAGCUCUAAUCAUGGCCCUUCCCAAAGGCAAGCAAUUCGACUUCAGCGAGACUCUGAUCUUCGGUCGUUUUGACUUGUUCUGCCGACGUGUGGUCAAAUUGAUCGACAUGUUCUCGACUAUCUACCAGUUUCAGUCCUUGUCCCAACACCGAUUCGACGGAAUGGAGGUGCUGGUGAAUAACUUUGUCCGCAUCAUGGGAGACUUCCGCAACAAGCGUCACGACCUCCUGGACUUCCACCAUAACAAAUUUGAUAGGGAUUACGUGGAUUUCAACGUGCGGAUCUCAGACCUGGAAGCGGCGUUACAUUAAGACUCCUCGGGUGGAUUGUUUUUCAUUUCUUUUAAAUUAUUUCCAAGAAACUCCUCUACUUCUUGAUCUUGUUUGGUUGACAACGUCGUUUUUUUGUCGUAACGAAUUUAGAAACUAGGAAUUCUUGUCGUAUUUCAGCAGAAGCAUCUCGCCUCGCGGUUGACAACGCCAUGCCACAACUUACUAUGUAUAUUUAAACUCCCGCCCCCAGCUCCACGCACUACCCCCCGCUCCUCUAAUCCUCGCAGUUUAUCAACCAGAGUUUCGAGUCGAUUACUUCGAUUACCUCCAGUCUCAACCUGUUGAAGAAAUUCCAGUCUAUUCUCCAGCGUGACACUUUGCGAAGCGACCUGGAGAGUAAAUUCACGGUCAUUUUCCACAACUACGGUCUAGAAUUGACCACAGUCCAGGAUCAAUACGAAAAGCACAAAGCGGCGCCACCACUUGUGAGGAAUUUGCCUCCAGUAGCGGGAAAUAUCACCUGGGCUAGGCAUUUGUUGAAGAGAAUUGAAGGUACUGAAAAAUUAUUUGGAUUUGAUAGAAGAUGUUGAACUGGUGGAAAAUUCUCGUGGUAAUCUCGGACUACGACCUACAGAUACAGCGUAUCAGCAACUAUAUGGCACGCAAUUCUGGUAACAACCAAACCCUUCAGGUCCCAUGCAGAAGUUCCAGCGUAGUCCGUCCGUCUUGGCGGGGAAGGAUGCGAAGAAGAUCAUCCGCAUGUACAACAAAAUGGCGAAAGCUUUGGUUGAGUUCGAAAUGCUCUGGUACCAAGCAUGGGUUCACUCCAUCGAGAGCGCCAAAAGCGGUCUUCAAGCAACGUUGAUCGUGCGUCACCCCGAUGACGGCAAGCUGCACGUCAACUUCGACUGGGAGAUUCUGCAGUUGAUCCGCGAAACCAAGUGCUUGGAUCGCAUGGGCAUCGAUAUUCCGGAAUCGGCAAAAAUGGUCUUGCUGCAAGAAUCGAAGUUUAAGGGCUACUACAACGAGUUGACCUUCAUCCUGCGCGAGUACCGCAGAGUAGUCCAAACAGUGAAGCCGAUCGCGUCCAACCUGCUGAAGCCGCAUUUGGACAAUCUCGAGUUUCAAUUGCGACCUGGACGUGUUACGUUGACGUGGACCAGUAUGAACAUUGGCAACUACAUCGACACAGUGUGGAGGGAACUGCGAAAGUUGGAACAGCUGGUGUUGACCGUGAACGACAUCAUGGACAAUCGAGUCGAUGCAACGCUGAAACUAGUAGCGCGCAUCUUGCUGGUCCAAUUGCCGGAAGAAGGAGAAACCGUGUCGUUGGAAGACUUUAUCUUAUGGACGAUGCUUUCAACAUCCUGCUGUUAUUUUUAGAUCCAUCUACUUCUUUUUAGAUUUACUCCACGUUGUUCCCAAAGUCGCUUCCUCCUCUAAUCCUCGACAUCCAAGAGAAGCACGUCCGCGAAACUACUUCCUUCUUGCACGCCAAAUCUCUGGAAAUCGAAGACUCUGUUGACGACCUACUGACUCAAAUCGUUGGAUUCCCGAUUGACUCUCACGUCCGCGGCGUGUCUGAGUCCGAGAUCAUCAAGGUGAAGGCCCACUACAACUGGUCCAUGUACCAGGCUCUGCUGAACGCCACUCGUCGAUCGUUGAACGCCAUCAAGGUCAGGCUGACCGCGAAGCGUGAUGCUGGAGGUGCGAUGGCUUUGGCAGCAGUGGCUAGCUCAGAUGAGAAAGAGAAGGAAGCGGAAGGCGAAGAAGGAGGAGCGAGCGCGGCUCCACUGUCGCCGCCGUUCUUCGAUGUGGAACUGGAAUUGGAUGGUACUAUUUUCUAGGUGGCUGCUUCUCGAUCACUUUAUCUUAGCUUUGUCUCAAUAAUUAGCAUUUUCUAUGAACCUGAAUCAUGAUGAUGAUUACAACAAAGAACCACAUUGUGGUCUAAAACUUGCAUGAUCGUUGAAUGAUCGAAAAUAAACAGGUAUCGGUGUCCGCCUGAAGCCGUCUAUUGAAGAUAUUCAGUCCGCUGUCAAUGGUGGCGCCGUCGCGGUCCUCAAAUGCUCCAAGAUGAUCGAUGCCUGGGACACGGUCACGAUUCCAGAAGCUGUGCAGCUUAUCAUCAACCCCAACCUUCCGCCCAUCCGCGGUAGCGCUGCCCAGGGUACCUUCUACGAUCGCAUUUCCCAAGACAAGGAGAUUCUCAAGGUCGUUCUGUUGCUGACAGGUUCGAUCCGCAGUGCGAAGAAGGAGUGCGCGAACUACGUGACGAUCUUCGACAAGUUCUCGUUGCUGUGGACGAAGAACGUGGAAGAAGAGUAUGCGACCUUCCAAGAAGGCAUUCCUACGCUGUCGGAUUUCGAGACGAAGCUGAAGGGAUUCAUCAGGAUGGCAGAGGAUGCAGCGCGAUACAACGGAAAAGCACAAAUCUCAGCGUUGAUUUUGAAGUUAUGACUCUCUACUUUUUUCUAGCUUUUUAGUACAAUAGAAGUAUCCACUAUGUACAUGAUCAUGCGAGUAACCUCGUUACCAAUAAUAGAGUAGUUUAUAGCACGCAUGGUGCAUGGAGUGGCAUGGAGUGCAUGGAGCGCAGAGCUUUAAGGGGCGCAAGAAGCUCCCCCUUUAGCUCCAUGCAGCUCCAUGCGAUUCAUGCACUCCAUGCCAUGCGAGCCGGCGAACCUUAUAAAUUACUCUACUGAUAGGGCACCCCUAUAAACUUCUCUACAAUAAGAAACCCGCUUAUCGUCCUCUGUCUCCUCCUCUAAUCCACAGCGACGGCUUAUCCAAGUCCCUAGUCGAAUUGGGUCACCACUGGAAGAUGGCCUUCGCUAAGAAGUUGCAUAUCAAUGUCCGUACCAAGCUCGACAGCGUUGCUGAGAUGGUCAAACAAACUACCAAAAAGCUCAACCGUGAGGUGGGAGAGGGUGACAUCGAUGCUUUGGGCUUCGUGAUGCAAACCUUGCAGGAGGUGCGCGCUAAGCAGAGUGAGAUCGAGUUGGAGUUCGGCCCGAUCACCCACAUGUACCAGAUCUUGGACGCCUAUGUACCCCAAAUCAUCGAUAAGGACGAACAAGACAUGCGAUCGAUGCUAAGGGCUAGCUGGGACAAGCUGCUGGAAGACAGUGAGGCGAGACAGGAUGUGUUGUCGGCACAAUAUGGCAAUAGGAUCGAUCACGAAUUUGUUUCUGUGAUUACUAUCAUCUCUCAUGCAAAAGCUUUAGAAUAUCUUCUCCAGGCCAAAAUGAUUUUGUCUUAAGCUUAACUCUUUUUGAAUUUGAUGAAUUGCCAUUUAUUUUCGAAGUCCUGUCCAAGAAGCUUUCUUUUUCUAAUCCUCACAAGCCCAGCACAAGAAGACAUUGAUCACUACGGUGAACAACUUCAAGAAGGACGUCCAUGACUUUCGCAAGAACUACGAGGCCAACGGUCCCAUGGUCAACGGUAUCCCACCGAAGCAGGCCGUCGAACGUCUGAAACGAUUCCGGGAAGAAUACCAAGUGCGCGCUCGUAAAGAGCAGAUCUACUACUUGGGCGAGGACCUCUUCGGUCUGCCCCAUCAGAUGUACCCGAAGAUGGACAAGACGAAGGGCGAAUUGGAGUAUUUGGGCCAGUUGUACGAUUUGUACGUGAUCGUCUUGGACACCAUCCGUGAGUGGAAGGACUACCUGUGGGCGGACACUCCGGAGUACGUCGACAUGAUGCAGAGUGAGACCGAUAAUUAUGGCUUCUUUCCCUAGUUGUCCACCUUGCUUCUGAAGCAUCCUGGAACUGUUCCAAACAUGGAGAACAGCUUGAAGAUUACUCGCAAGAUGGAUUUUGAUCGGUUCUAAAGUAAGUUCGCCGGUAAGUGCAAGCGCAUGCCGAAGGUGUUGCGAGAGUGGCCAGCUUAUUUGGAAUUGAAGAAGGAAAUCGAGGAUUUCUCCGAUGUUUUGCCGUUGUUGACGGAGUUGGCAAAGCCAUCUAUCCAACCAAGACAUUGGAAACAGGUAUGAGACAUAGGAUUUGAAAGGCUUUUCUUUGAUUUGAUUUUUGGUUCAACUUUGUUGUCGACAUGAUAAAUUGAUAGAUUCAUAGUUUGUUACUUCAAACAUAAUGAUUUUUUUCCAAUAUUAACGGACAUCGACAUGAUUUAAGAUAGACUUUUCUUCGUCCAAAAAACCCAGCAUGAUCCUAUUUUCCAAAAAUAACCCAAUAUCUGUAAAAAAUAAAGGUGAUGGACCUGACCGGCAAGGAGCUUGCUAUCGAGUCUGACACUUUCAAGCUUCAGUCUCUCAUCGACGCUAACUUGAACGAGUUUAAGGAUGAGGUGUCCGAUAUCUGCGAGUCUGCGGAUAAGCAACUGGUCAUUGAGCGAAAAUUGGCAGAGAUCUCUGAGCAAUGGAGUGGCAUGAACUUUGAUUUUACAACUUGGAAAACCCGCGACUACCCUUGCUGCAUGGCGCCUGGUCGUGUUGGUGAGGUGCAGGAAAUCUUGGAAGAAACCGUGAUGGCGUUGAAUACUUAUGUUGGGGAUCUGUAAUAUAGACAUUUAAUGACGUGUAUGGUUCUGGUAUUUGGUAAGAACCUGAAUUUGAUCACAAGGGUUCUCUUCUUGUUUUCCCUUAACAUGAUGAAACUCAGGUUACCAAAUACCGGAGCCAUUCAUAACGAUGUGCUGAAAACUUGACGUCGAGCUAGCAGCGUUAGUUGUACAACGACCUUUAGAAUUUCGAAAAAGUAUAGCUGCAGCGUAAAUAAAGGUUGUCUAAUCUUCCAUGAACGCGCAGCGUCACUCGAUCCCGUUCAAGGAGGAACUUGGUACGAUGAUCAUGACUCUGUCUGACACGGCGGACACGAUUGAGCGAUGGUUCAAGGUGCAGCAGAUGUGGACCAGUUUGGAGUCCGUCUUUACCGGCGGUGAUAUUGCCAAACAAAUGCCCAUGGAGGCGAAGAAGUUCCAACAGAUCGACAAGGACUGGAUCCGCAUUAUGGCCAAGUCCGCUGAAACGCGCAAUGUGGUGAACUGCUGCCAGAACGACAUGUUGAAGCAGCUGUUGCCGGUGUUGCAGGUGGGAUUGGAGCAGUGCCAGAAAUCUUUGGAAUCCUACUUGGAGGGAAAACGAAACAAGUUCCCUCGAUUCUACUUCACGUCCGAUCCCGCUCUGCUGAAGAUCUUGUCCCAGGGUUCCGACCCGGAGCAGAUCCAAGAGGACUUCGAGAAGUUGUUCGACUCCGUGUCGCGUGUCACAUUCGACGCCAAGGAUCGCAAGAAGAUGACAUCGUGUCUGUCUGUGGUUGGUACAGGCGCCGAGUACGUCAACUUCAUCACGCCGCAACAAGCAGUCGGUAACAUCGAGGACUGGCUCAACAGUUUGGAAGCGGAAAUCGCGCGCUCAGUGCGAAAGGAGUGCAAAUUGUGCUGCGCAGAAACCGGAAAUAUCUUGUUAUGAAUGGAAACGGAUGAAGAUUUAGAUUAUUGUAGCAGUUUUGAUGGUAAGUAGAAGAAAGUGAAAAAGAUUUGUUUGUUACAGUGCAGUCUAAGCAAGCAUGAUAUGAUUUUUAUCCUUCACUAGUAUGUCAACAUUAAUAUUACCAUAGCACAACUCCGAACUCCUUUUUUGUCGACUCUAAUCUAUGCUGGUAUGACCGUGAAAGACUUCGCUGAGAAGUACAUUGCGCAGGUCGCUCUGCUCGGUAUCCAGGUCGUGUGGACCAAUGACUUCCAGGAUGCUCUCAUCAAGAUGAGCAAGGAGAAGGACAAAACUAUCAUGGCUUUGACCAACAAUUAAGGCUUCAUCUUGUGAUACAAUUCUAAUAAUUCAUUUCAACAGUUGAACUACGGCCAAUUUCUUCUGAUUGAUUGGAAAAAGAGUCAGGGAUGAAUGUUACUUAGUGAAGGAUGACAUGUAGUAUGGGAACCAACCCCUAACGUCGAUACAUAGUUACCACUGCGUCCAAAAAUUUCCUCUGAAGAUUCAUUCCUUCUUUGGAAGAUUGUGAAGAAAUGAAGGAAAGAAAUGAAGAAAUCAUGCUACUUCUCACCAAGUGAUUGUGAAGAAAUUUUGAGCAGGUCCUCUUCUUCUAAUACAGGAAGUUUGUCCAGAUCAUGAGUGAUCUCGUUGCCGCUUGUCUGACGGAUUUGGGAUCGACGAUGAACCGAACCAAGUUCGAGACGUUGGUGACGGUGCACGUGCAUCAGAAAGACUUGUUCCAGGAGGUGUGGGCGAAGGUGAAAGCCCACAAAGUGAAGGACGAGAACGAUUUCGAGUGGCUGCGCCAGACGCGUCUGUACUGGAAAACCGACAGCGAGCACGUGAUCAUCUCCAUUGCCGACGUCGACUUCACCUACUCCUACGAGUACCUCGGAUGCAAGGAGCGACUGUGUAUCACGGCGUUGACCGAUCGCUGCUACGUCACGCUAUCCCAGGCUCUCGGCAUGUUCUUGGGCGGCGCGCCGGCUGGUCCGGCCGGAACCGGAAAGACCGAGACCACCAAGGAUAUGGGACGAACACUGGGUAUCUUCGUGAUGGUCACCAACUGUUCCGAUCAGCUUCGAUUCAAAGAUUGCGGAAAGAUCUUCAAGGGUCUGUGCAUGUCUGGGAUUUGGGGUUGCUUCGAUGAGUUCAACCGCAUCGAUGUCGAAGUGCUGUCAGUCGUCGCCAUGCAGGUCGAGGCCAUCACGCAGGGUAAGCGACAAAACGCGAAGAUGAUGCCGUUCCCUGGUGAGCCCUUGCCGAUUCGCUUGAUCCCAUCGGUGGGUUACUUCAUCACGAUGAACCCGGGUUACGCUGGUCGCCAGGAGUUGCCGGAGAACCUGAAAGUGAUGUUCCGUGGUGUGACGAUGAUGGUGCCAAACCGAGAGACCAUCAUGAAGGUGAAGCUCGCCUCCGUCGGUUUCUCCAUGAUGGACUUGCUAGGAAAGAAGUUUUGCGUGCUCUACGCUUUGUGCGAGCAGCAGCUUUCGAAGCAACGCCACUACGACUUCGGACUGCGCAACAUCUUGUCCGUGCUUCGUACGAGCGGUAUCGUGAAGCGUUCCGAACCUCCAGACUUCGACGAGGAAAUGCUUUUCAUGCGGACCGUGCGUGAUAUGAACUUGUCGAAGUUCGUGGCGGAUGACGUGCCACUCUUCCUGGCGUUGCUCAAGGAUCUGUUCCCGAAGACAGCGGAGCCGCCGAAGAAGACGUACCCCGAAAUUGACGGCGGAGCGCGUAAAAUCGCGGUUGCCAAGAAGCUGACGCAGUGGGAUGCCUGGAUGCUGAAGAUCAUUCAGCUGUACGAAACCUCCCUCGUGCGCCACGGUUUUAUGCUUGUGGGGCCAACCGCGUGCGGAAAGACCGAGAUCAUGACCACCUUGGUCGAGACCUUGAUCGGCAACGGCCUGCCGCACAGGACCGCGAUUAUGAACCCGAAGGCCAUCACGGACUCCCAGAUGUACGGCGUCAAGGAUCCGGUUUCGGAAGAAUGGACCCCAGGCGUCUUCGCCAGUAUCUGGGCUCGGUACAACAAUCGUGCGCUGAAAUACACGACUUGGAUCGUGUGCGAUGGUCCAGUCGAUGCUAUCUUUAAGACAGGAUGUCUUUACAACUACCCAUAGAAGCCAUGGCCAUAGAGGAGUGCAUCUUCUGCAUCCUCAGCAUGAUGAUCAUCCUUAAUGUGUGCGUGUCCUUUUCAAGAAGAAAAAGCGCACAUCAUUAUUUCUUACAUUAAUAUAAGGAAAAGCUCUAAUUUUUGGAUUGAGAACUUGAACACGGUGUUAGAUGACAACAAGAUCUUGACGCUGGCGAACAACGAUCGCUUCCCGAUGACGGACAACUGCAAGAUCGUCUUCGAGGUCGAGAACUUGCGGAACGCCAGCCCAGCUACAGUGUCGAGAGCGGGAAUCAUCUUCAUCUCGCCGUCCGAUCUGGGGUGGAAGCCAGUCUUGAUGUCGUGGCUGCAGAAAAGGAUCGAGAUCAACGCUAACCGGCAAGAGGAGGUCGAUAUCUGCAAGGACAUCUUCAACAAAUUGAUCUACACUCCGCCACCUGGCACCGGAAUUUGCGAGGACUUGUUCGAUUACUUCAACCGAAACAUCGUCACGGUGAUGCCUGUGAACGAUAGCAUCGUCAUUCUGAACAUUCUGAACAUGCUUUCCUCUUAAGGCAGCUAUAAGUACUUCGCCGAACUAUUUAAUAGAAGCAAAGUUUUUGAACACCCACUCCAUGGUUUGACUUUUGUUUUUCUUUAUCUUAAAUAAAAGGUAUGCAUCAGCAUCUUCUUCAGGUCGUGGCUCAGGAGCAUCUCGAAGCUUGCUUCUCUCCAAGUAAGAGAGGGGAAAGAAGUAGCUGUAGCUUCAAGACGUUGUAUCUCAAGAACAGUUUUGUCCCGCCAUUAGUCUAAUCUUCUCUUUUGCACCCGUGUGUGCAGGUGAGCGAGAUCCUCCCUGCCGAGGCCUACCGUCGUUUGAUCUUCUUCUGCAUUGUUUGGGGCUUCGCUGGUCUGUGUGAACCGGAGAUGCGUGUCGUCUUCUACGAGAAGUUCUGUGAGUCAGUGGUCGCUGCGAAGAUGAAGGACGCCAUGCCUCCAUGCAAAGUUAAGCACCUUCCUUGUAGAAAUCCUCUUCUAAUAAUCCAUUACAACAUCUAAACGUUUGCUCGAGAUCCAUCAGUUUGCGAAGAUGAAAUACUUAAGUUAAUAUGGAGUAACUACAACAUCAAUGAGUUCUGUUGUCAAAGUGGGGCUAUCUUGGUGUGAACGCCUUGUUUGAGCUGUAGCAUUAAGAGAAUCUUACAUUUUCCGCAGCGCUCAUCAUCCUAGGAGUCGCACAAGAUACGUCUCUGCUAAAAGUUCUAAUAGUUUGCGAAGAUGAAAUACUUAAGUUAAUAUGGAGUAACUACAACAUCAAGAUCAACAAGUAGCAUAAUUUCGUCUUCUAAUAAAAAGGGCGAAACUCUCUUCGACUACGUCUGUGACGCAACGCAGAAGACCCGACCCUUUAUCAUGUGGAAGCCCGACGAGUGGAAGCCACCAAAGAAGCUGAUUUUCUCCUCUCUCCUGAUCCCGACCUUGGAUUCCACGCGUGCUGAAUAUUUGAUGUUAUGACUUGAUAUUUGACAACUUGAUCUACUUUUUGUGGGGUACCGAAUCUUCAUCCAUCUACUGCUUCACAAAGACCUUAAUAUUCUACUUAGCAGGGUCGUCCCAUUCCUUAAAAUGGGAAAAGAUGACUUUGAAAUUGGGUAUACUCCAUGAAUGUCUUAGGAUCAUGACUGUCUAAUGAUGGGCAUGAUUCAGGCGUACAACCGAGUUCGUUUGCCAACCGUGUACCGAUCCAGUCUUCUUGUCGGUGGAGCAGGAACGGCCAAGACGUCGACGUGCUUGAUGUACAUGGCUAGGUUCAACAUGGAGACCAUGCUGUCGAAGCGUAUCAACUUCUCGUCCGCGACCACGCCGUUGGGCUUCCAGAAGACCGUGGAGGCUGAGGUAGAGCGUAAGACGGGUAAGACCUUCUGCCCUCCGGGUGGCAAGGAGAUGACCUUGUUCUUGGACGACAUCUCCAUGCCUGUGGUGAACAAGUGGGGCGAUCAGGUCACGAACGAAUUGAGCCGGCAACUGAUCGAGAUGGAGGGCUUCUACUUCUUGGACAAGGACAAGCGUGGAGACUUCAAAACGAUUGAGGCGAUGUCCUACUUGGGUGCCAUGGGUCAUCCAGGUGGCGGUCGUAACGAUAUCCCCUCUCGUUUGAAGAGCAAGUUCUACCUCUUCAACAUGGUCGCGCCGGCAACCGUGUCGGUUGAUAACAUCUACGGUUCUAUCUUGCGCGCCCGCUUCACGCAGAAGAACGGCUUCUCUGAUGCGUCGAUGGCACAGUCUAAGAAGUUGACGGCCGUCACGAUUGACGUGUGGAACAAGGUGAAGAGCACGCUCCUCCCCACGCCGGCUCGAUUUCACUACAUCUUCAACAUGCGUGAGUUGUCCCGUGUUUUCCAGGGCAUUCUGGAGACCCCUGCUGGCAGCGUGAAGACCGCCGAACUUGUUUUUACGGCUUCCGCAAACAGAUACACCUUAACGAGCAUUUUGCUUUGACACGUUUCUUUUCAAAGGGAAAAAAGGUCAAAGAUGCUUACACCCCACGAGUGGGUACAUCUAUCUAUCUAUCUAAGAUGAACAUAAGGAAUGUCUAAUGUUUCGUCUUUGUGGAAGCACGAGGUGACGCGUGUCUUUGCGGACAAAUUGUCGCGACAACAGGACAAGGACUACAUUGACAAGGUGGUCACUGAUUUCAUGUCUGAGCACUUUGGAGAGGCUAUGGUAGAUUCCGUCUUGGAAAUGCCGACGUGGUGGUGUGACUUCCAGCGUGAGGGAGGUGAGGAUCCGGAAACUGGUGAGGAAAUCCCAGCCCCCAAGAUCUACGAGCCCAUGCAGAGCAUGGAGUUUGUGCGUGGCAAGGCCUACGAAUAUUUGAUUACGGGUUUAUUCAAAAUUUUUACAUCCUCCACCACCAUCCUCGGCCUUCUAUUUUCUAGUAGGAAAAUAUACUAGGCUAAUAUUAAGUAGCAGAGUCAUGUUUACUGAAGAAAGCACGAGUGAAGUCUUAUCUUGCAGCAAGAACCUCUAAUCUGAAGAAGUUCAACGAGGCCUUUCCAGCUUCCGCCAUGAACUUGGUCUUGUUCGACGACGCCAUGAAGUACAUGAUGCGCAUCAACCGCACGAUCCAGUUUCCGCGUGGGAGCGCGAUGCUAGUCGGAGUCGGUGGUAGCGGAAAACAGAGUCUGACAAUUAUGGGUUGGAAGUUGACAUCAACAUCUCUAUAUAUAAUGAGCAUCUCUAUGGUUUCUUCAAGUAGACGGACAGGCAAACUAUCCUAUCCUAUCCUAUAUCUUCAAGUAGGAAAGCCAUAGAUAUGCGAGCUACUAGAGCGGUCAAACUUCAACCCCUAAGACAAGAUUGUCAGCUUCGACGUCAAGGCAGAAAUGCUUCCAAAUUACCAUCACCAAGACCUACAACGACAACGCCUUGUUCGAGGACUUGCGUGGACUCUACUUAUGAAUGUUGGAUAACAUCAGCUUCGAUCAUUUUGGGGAAUUAAGUACAGAUUCUUGCUUAUUUUUACAUCUCCUACAGCUACUAAUUCCUUGAUAAUCUGACUAUCCUCCGUAGAUUCAACAUGAAUCCCUCUCUGUCUGUCUCUUUAUCCCAACAAGAUUCUAAUUCUCGUUGCUGCCGGUGCGAAGGGUGAGAAAGUGACAUUUAUCUUCACUGAUGCGGAGGUGAAGAAUGAAGGUUUCCUCGAAUACUUGAACUCGAUUUUGGCCACAGGUGAAGUCGUUGGUUUGUUCCAGAAGGAUGAACGUGAUGGCAUGGCUGCCGAGUGCCGUAAUGACUUCGUUCGCGAUUAUCCUGGUGCUGAGGAGACCAUGGCCAACUUCUACAAGUAUUUCAUGGACCGACUUCGUGACAACUUGCACUUAAGGGUUUCCACAUUACUGUACAUCCUCCACGUAGAUUUUUCAAGUGCAUGAAAAAAGGCCAAGAAGAACGCCCGGAACGAAGAGUGCAAUCAUCUGCUUUGAACCUCUAAUCCACUUAGUGCUUUGCUUUUCGCCGAUGAACGAGAAAUUCCCGCUCCGAGCGCAGAAGUUCCCAGCUUUGUUCUCGGCCGUGGCCAUCACGUGGUUCUUGCCCUGGCCCGCAGAGGCGCUGGUUGCUGUCGCGGACGCCUUCUUGGCGCCGUAUGAGAUCGAUACGCCAGCAUCCAAGAAGCAGCUGUUGUACGAGCUCCUGGGUUCCUUCCAGGCCAUGGUGGGCGACGUCUGCACCGUGUACUUCACGCGCAUGCGUAAGCAUGUUUACGUCACGCCGAAGACUUUCCUGUGCUUGAUCGAUUUCUACAAGUCGAUGUACCGUGUCAAGUACGACGAAAUCAACGUCCAGUUACGGAGGUCAACAUUAUUUACUAGUUUCUUUGAAGUGAAGUAGUUUCUUGAAUUCUAAGGCCAAUGUGAUUACUAGUUGUCUUGUGUCCAUCCAAAAUCAAACUCAGCACCUCAUCUUUUGUGGUGCGCCUUUGACCAUUGGGGAGAUCUUGGGGAAACCCUCUUGGGGAGAGCCUCUUGGGGAGAUCUUCUAAUCUAAAUAUUGCAUCCUCGAGUUACAUCAUGAGGAAUACAAGGGACCCUUUCAAAGGGCACUUCUAUCUUCGAGAUGAGUAGAGGACCAUCAAGAUAGAUGAACAUGAAUACUAAAUGUUGACCAAACUCUAAUGCAUGAGGUGAGCGUGAACAAUGGUUUGUUGAAACUCGCUGAGGCUAGUGCGCAGGUCGAGGAGAUGAAGGUCGAGCUUCGCGAACAGGAGAAAGUGCUGAAAAUUGAAGAAGAAAAAACCAACAAACUGUUGAACUUAAGGCAUGAUCAGUUACAUUUUUCCCUCAGUUACAAUUUAGGUAGCUGUACCAAGAACUGAUGUGAUGUUCUUCACGAUGAAUUUCAAUUUCAUUUUACACUUUUCUUCCAUUCAUGAUCUCCUUUUCUUGCAUUCCCCUUUUUUUGUAAGUAGUUACUUUCUUCUAAGGAAAAAGGUGCAGUUCGAAAAGGGGAAAGCUGAGAAGAAAGCCGAAGAAGUCGGUGAGCAGAAGUCUCAGUGCCUAGCAACGGCUGCAGGAAUCCAGAAGGAUAAUUAAGGGUAGUCUAAAGGUGUUCCUGCUACCGAUCGUUUUGCCUUUCUGAAGGGGGAAAGGCAUUAUAACGGGCGGGGUAAACGACCACCAAAAACCUACCUCUAAGAUAAGGAAGAGGCAAACGUCGAACUGAAGAAGGCCAUGCCCUUUUUGCAUGAAGCCGAGGCAGCCUGCAAAUCCAUCACGCCCAAAUUAUGAAGAUGAAUGCUGAAGAAUGUUCAAUAUUCAGACCAUGAAAAUGAAUGCUCUUCAAGGAGUUGUAGUAGGUACUCCGAGAGUAGAAUUUCUAGUUGAAUGCCACUACAUCAAGAUGAGUCGGUUCUUUUCAAAAACAAGAACCGCAACAAGAAGAACGGUUCAUGUACUGAGUUAUUUUUGAUCCUUUCAUCUUUUUUCUUUCUUAUUUUAGAUCCUUUCAGUUUCUUGUCGUCGACGAUGUGCUCUUUGUACUAGAAGUUCUGCUCUUUGUUGUACUAGGUUUUUCCCGUCUCUUUAUGCAGGAUCCAUAACCUAACCUAACCUAACCCAGCCUAACCUUCUAAUCAGCGAUAUCACGGAAUUGAAGGCGAACAAGAACCCUACAGAUGUGAUCAAGCUGACCUUCGAUGGUCUCCACAUCUUGAUGAACAAGCCCAUGGUUGACGCUGCCAAGAAGACGUUUAACAUCUCGAAGACUGAUGGGGACUUCAUUUAAGGCUUCCCCUAAUCCAUCUCAUGAAGCACCAUCCUGGAGUUGUUUCAAGGGUAAAUGAGGUCCAGGGUGAGUCUCAAGAUGGAUAAGGGCGAGCUCUAAUUCAUCGCCGAUAGUUUCCAGGAGUACACCAAGUUCACCCUCUCCGAUAUGCGUUUCUUACCAUCACUUUAAGGCAGCCGCGGACGACAAUUUUAUACUUUUCUUAGAUGAUUGUACUGAUGAAACAGACUUUUUUUUUUCUCUCUCACAGAUAGAUUAGACACAGAGAGAGAGAAAUACAACUUUCCGGAUUCUAGUAGCUGAAUCCUCUCUACUCUUCUCUAAGCUCUGUUGGAUUUCGCAGCGAACGAGAAGGACAACAUCAACGACGAGACGUGCGAACUGCUAGAGCCUUACCUGCGUUUCAACGCCGUUCCGGCUAAGAACUGGUCUCCCUUCCCUGCAUUCCCAGUAUUGGAUCCGGCUAUCGCCAAGAAGGCCUCCGGUGCUGCGGAGGGUCUCUGUAAGUUCGUCGGUGCGAUGGUGCAGUAUCAUGGCGCUGCCAAGAUCGUGAAGCCGAAGAUGGACUUCUUGAAGGUCCAAGAGGCUCGCUUGGAGAAGGCUAUGAAAGAGUUGGGCGCGGCCGAAGCAGAACUGAACCGCGUCAUGUCGGAAGUCGCAGUCUUGGAUGCGCAAUUGAAUGAAGGUAGUUUUUUUUUUUGCUACCCAUUCUCAUCGUGUGCAAGAAAAAUAGUUUCAACUUCUGCCUUAGAAGUACUUCCUCGCCCCACGCUUACACGCACCCACGACAGCCCUCGAGAAGAAAUCUGCCCUUGAGGCCAAUGCCAACGCCAUGAAGCGUAAGAUGGACGCCGCAAACAAGUUGUUGUCUGGUUUGGCAGGAGAGAACGCUCGUUGGACUGAAGAUUCAAAGAACUUCGCAUUGCGUCGCAAAGCCUUGGUCGGCGAUAUUGCUCUUUUUAUGGAUCAUGGAGUUUAAGUACUACUUAGUCUACUUAUUUACUAACUGCAGAUCAAGUCGAUGUAGUCCUCGUGAAAGUAGAUGGAAACACAUCAUGAACAAGUAGAAUCAAAGAGUGUAGUACAACGAGCAGUGGUGACUUAUAUAUGAAUAUGAGUAAAUUCUUUGCAAGUAGGAAGUGUCUCUCUACUAACUCUGAGUAAAUUGUUCUUCACGGCAAGUAAGAACUGUUCGUUUACUAAAAAGUGAACCGUGGUGGUGAAAAUCUCGUUUGCUGCUCUCUUUCUCUAAGCUUUGUUGCGCUUUCGUGACCUACUGUGGCCCGUUCAACAGUGAGUUCCGUGACAAGCUGAAUGUCGAGUACUUCCUCAACGAUACGCACAAACGGGGCGUCCCCGCCAGUUCGAAGGUGAAUCUGGUCGAGUCUUUGGUCGAAGGCGCCACCGUCGCGGAGUGGGCCUUGGAGGGUUUGCCGUCUGAUGACUUGUCCGUCCAAAACGGUAUCAUGGUGACGUUAAGGCGUGCUGUUGUUUCCCUAUAAUUUAAUUCAUUAUUCUUGUCUAUCCCACGAAACAAAAUAUUGCUCUAUCUUCAGAGACACGACAGACAUCCUGAUCUUGGAUUUAAUCCAUUUCUUCUAUUAGCUAGAAAAGGAGUCAAGACCCUUCUAGGAAGUGGGGAGCCAUGAUUGUUUCAGGGGAAAUAUUAUAAAGGCUUGUAAAGCUGCAUUCCCUUCAACUCUCAAUCUUCCCGUCCUACUUAAAUAAGCGUGCUCGUUUUUGAUCAAAAGCACCAAGGCAGGGGUACGUAGACUAGAGGCUAACUAAACACCGUCUAGUCCUUUCAGCAAUAUUAGAAAGUUUCGUCUAGCUCGAGGAUCAUGCAUCAGGAUGUAAGUACUAGCAUCUCAAGAAGAUGUAGAAGAUGCUCGUCGCGGUCGUGUUUGAGAAGCUCUAAUAAGGCGGUCAUCGAGGUUUCCGUUGAUGGUCGAUCCCCAGGGGCAGGCGAACCGCUGGAUCAAGAACCGAGAAGCUGAGCGAAUUGCAGCCAGUAACGGCAUGGCAAUCACCGCGCUCUCCAAUUAUGGUCCUCGCUUAUAUAUACUGUCUGUGUCCAAGCCCAUCUUCUUUCUCUCAGUAUUUUCUCAUAUAAGUUGGUUGUAGGUGAAGCAAGUGCCCUUUUCUUUGUAGUUCUUGUAGUUCCCAGCAUUAUAGUAAGAACAUAGAAGGAAGGGAGAAGGUGGUGCUGUACCCACGAGAUGGGGGGAUCAUCCAGCACUUGCAAUCUCUAAUCUUGCAAUCGGUUGAAGGACUUCAUCGAGUUCACGAUGGGCGAGGGCUUGAUCUUGCUGAUCGAGAACGUGGAGAACGAAUUAGAUCCCAUGUUGGAUCCUUUGCUCGACAAGGCCAUCAUCAAGAAGGGAAAGAACUUGUACAUCAACAUCUCGGAUCAGAACAUGGACUACAACCCCAAGUUCUAUCUCUUCAUGACUUCGCGUCUGCCCAACCCGCACUUCUCCCCGGAGUUGUCGGCAAAAUGCACCGUGAUUGACUUCACGGUCACGCUGAAAGGUCUCGAACAGCAGCUUCUGGGCCGUGUCUUGGGCAUGGAACAGAAGUCUUUGGAGGAAUCUUUGGCCCAAUUGAAGGAAGAAGUGACCAACAACUUGAAAGCGCUCGCUUUGUUGAACGAUCAGCUGCUCUUCAAACUGUCCAACUCCACUGGGUCUCUGCUAGAUGACACGGAACUAAUCGAAGUGCUGGCCAACACCAAGGCUAAGGCCACCGAAGUGUCGGAGAAGCUGGCUUCCGCUGCGGAGAAAGAGAUCGAUAUCAACGAAAAGCGCGAACAGUUCCGUUCCGUGGCCACUCGUGGGUCGUUGAUGUACUUCAACAUGACGGACAUGACCCUGGUGAUGAACCCAAUCACGAUGCAGCCCACCGGUUGGAUGUACAACUGCUCUCUGAUGCAGUUCCUGGAGCAAUUCGACAAGUCCGUGCUCAACUCCGAGAAGGUGCAGCCAACAUCGAAGCGCGUCGACAAGAUCAUUGACUACCUGACCUAUCAUUAUGAUUUUGAUGUGGAUGUAUUUGAUCAUUUUUUUGAUGUGGAUAUAUUUUUUUGGAAUUUUUGUUAGGACGACCAUGUCUAAUCGCCAGUUUACCGAUACAUGAACCGCGGCUUGUUCGAACGCGAUAAAAUGACCUUCAAAUUGAUGGUCACAAUGAAGAUCAUGGUUGUCGCCCAGUCCCUCUCCGGUGGCGACCUGUCGUGCUUCCUCAAAGCCGGUUCUGCCUUGGAUGUGAAGUCUGAACGACCCAACCCCUUCCGCUGGCUGUCCGACAAGAUCUGGCUGAAUUUGUUGAACUUGUCCCGCCAUGCUUUCGGCGAAUUGCAAGUCCAGUUCUAUCGCGAGAUCGUGGACAACAUCUCAAAGAACGAAGCUGCAUGGAAGAAGUGGUUCGAUGAGAACGAACCGGAAGGAUGUCCAGUGCCGGACUACGAAGAUUAUGGCUCCUUCUUGGACAGAAGUGGACUUCAUCAUAGAAGUAAGCGAUUUAUUUUGAGAUGUUGGAAAUAGCAAGAAGUAAUAUGCACGACCAGCUUUUCUUUUCAAAAUAGGUCUGAAGACCCACCACCCUCCUGUCGUCCGGUUCACCCUCUAAUUUCCACGUCUCGGCAUGGAGCGUGUCCUUGGUCCGUUUAUGCGUAUGGUCCUCGUCCGUUCCAUGCGUGAGGAUCGAACCACCGUUGCUUGUUCUCAGUUCGUCAACGCGGUGUUGGGCAACAAGUUCACGGCUCCCGUCACCGAUCCUGUCAGCGACAUCUUCGACGAAUCCGCGUGCCGUAAACCGGUUCUGUACUUGCUGACCACGGGAAGUGAUCCGUCCGCGUCGAUCGAUGAGCUGGCCAAGAAGAAGAAGAAGUUCCCGACCGAUAAGGUGAGCAUGGGCGAAGGUCAGGAAGUCGUGGCGUGGGAGAAGAUGAAGAACGGAUUCCUGAUUGGUUCUUCUAUGGCGUAAGUACUUCUUAGAUGUUGAUUAAAUUUCUGUGCCGUGUGUGAACAGUAUUUUGAUACUUUUUCCCGAGGACCACUCCCACUGGGCGAAGGAAUAAGCAGCAUUCAUCAGAGACAGAUGAAGCAGCAUGUUUAGCUACUCUCCCAGGCAACAUUACAGAGAUAGAUCAUCACAUUGGCAGCAUUCUGCUAAGCUCAAACUUCAACACCAAAUUCAAGCCAAAGGAAGUAGCAACCUCUAGGGAAAUCUUAGGCAGAUUGCCGAGUAGAUUUACAUCAUCAGCUACAACCUCUAAUCCUUGGGUGAUCCUGCAGAACUGUCACUUGGGUCUGGGUUUUAUGAACCAGCAGGAGGAUAUCUUGACCAAAACGCCGGAGAUUCACGAGGACUUCCGACUGUGGUACACGACUGAGAUCACACGUGGUUUCCCCAUUGGUCUCCUCCAGAUGAGCAUCAAGGUCACGGCAGAACCACCAGCAGGCCUCAAUUAUGGAGAGUGUCAUUUUCUUGUUGGAGAGUGUCAUAUAUUUCUUGGAACUUGAACAUGACUAAGAGUUGUAUAAUUCGAGCGAUUCUUGUCCUUAGAACAAAUGACGGAAACGAAAUUAGAAGAAAUCUUUACGACACGACCAACAGCACUUCAUCGUCUAACUCCCAGCCGGUCUGUUCCGUACGUACACGACUAUUAUGUCGCAGGAAGCGAUCGAGAAGAUUGACCACGAGAAGUGGCGCCAAAUCUCAUUCACCCAGUCCUUCUUGCACUCCGUGGUCCAGGAACGCCGGAAGUUUGGCCCGAUCGGUUGGUGCAUCCCCUACGAGUACAACAAUAGUGACUUGGAUGCGUGCCUGAUGUUCUUGGAGAAGCACCUGUCGGGAACGGUGGCGGUGGGACAGGUACACUUGUUACAGAGAGAAGGAGGUCGUGUAUUUUUUAUAAGGAUGAAUGUUGAGUUCUUUGUUGAGAAGGUCGUCGGUGUAUAAGGAUUUGGGAUUGGGUAUUCUUCGGUUUCAACUACGUCAUGAUUGUAGUUGAUGCUUUGAAUGGAUGCCACAAGCAACUCUUGUUUUUUAAGCUGUUCAUGUGUCCUGGAUUACCGUUCAGCUACUUAGUUCUCCUUCCCGCAAACAAUCACAAACAGCCGUUAUCCUGGAUUACCGUUCAGUACAUGAUCGCUGAGGUGCAGUAUGGAGGCCGCAUCACGGAUGAUUUGGAUCGCGAGUUGUUCAUCACCUACACCCAGAAGUGGUUCUGCGAUGACAUCUUCAAGCCAGGUUUCACCUUCAACAACUACGUCUCCGAUUUCCAGUACCGCAUUCCUCUCGGUCUCGAGAUUGAGAACUACCGUGAGUUCAUCGAUACGAUGCCGCCAGUGGAUUCUCCAAACAUCUUCGGUCUGCACACCAACGCAGAUUUGACUUACCGGUAUUUCUUUUUUAUUGUUGUUGAGUCGAAACAUAAUUUAGAUUACCGGUACUAGGAGAAUUACCCAUAAUUAUUACCGUCAGAAUUGCUAUUCUUGGAAUUUCCAGUAGAUCUGAUUUUCAUCAUCUUCGUAUCCGUAUGUUUUUCUUUUAAAUUCAUCAAGCAGUGAGUCAUGUCUCUGAAUCUCCUUGUUCAAAAGAACUCAACAUCUUUUCCACCAACACCACCUCAGAUUAAAAGAAGCCUCAGAGAUGUUGCAGUCUAUUAUGGAGACGCAGCCGAAGGACAGUGGUGGUGGUGCAGGAAAAUCCGUCGACGAGAUCGUCAAGGACAUGGCAGCAGAUUAUUUGACUAAAUGUCCACCUGAUUUCGUUGAGGAGAUCUUCCGUGCCCAGAUUGCGAAGCUGAAGGGACCACCAAACUUAUGGCUCUUUCCUAAAUCCAUCUCACUCUAGUAUGCUGACUAGCCCAAGCCCGCUGAAUCAUAUUUUACUUCAAGAAGGGAAAAUAGGCCACAGUUGCUAGUACUCCGUUUUAGCACCAUUCUUGACUUAUUUGCCAAGAGUCAUGGGAAACAAGUCCUCAAGGAUGAUGCGAAGAACAGCACAUGCACAAGUGUAAAUGUAGUUUGUCCUCGUAACCGCAACCUCUAAGAAAAACGCCCGAUAAAGGUUUCUCCGCACCGCUCAACAUCUUCUUGUUUCAGGAGCUGCAGCGCCUGCAGAACAUUAUCGGUAUCGUCCGUAACAACUUGCAAUCGCUGAUCAUGGCUAUCGAUGGUACAGUCGUGAUGACUCCGGAACUGUUGCAGGAUUUGAACAGCGUCUUCGAUGCCAAGGUGCCUGGUCGAUGGACCCACGAUCCCUCUGGGGCGGAGAUUUCAUGGCUUUCUCCUACCAUUGGUGCGUGGUACACCGGUCUCAUUGAACGACACACCAUGUUGUACAACUGGCUCGAAAACGGACGCGGAUUCAUGAAGUCAUACUGUUAUGAGGGCUGCUGGCAUGAUAAUUCUAAUUGUCAAGAUUUGAUCACUGUGUCAAAAAUCAAUUAUGUGAUAUACAUAUAACACUGUGAAGCACUCUAAUCCCUGCUCACUGGCUUCACCAACGCGCAAGGUUUCUUGACCGGUGUGCGACAGGAAGUCACUCGUCAGCACAAGAAGGAUCAAUGGGCCUUGGACGAUGUGAUGAACCACACAGAGGUGCAGACCUACGAUCCUGAGAAAGCGAAGGACGUGCCAGAAGAAGGACAACAUUUCCAUGGACUCUUCAUGGAAGGCGCACGCUGGAACCGACAAGAAGGAAAGAUUGAUGCUAUGGUGAUAGACUUUUAUUUUAGAAAACUUUGAAACAUUUUCACAAACUUAGAACAACUUUCUAGUCGGAAAUCGGUUCGGGUUGUUUCCAUGACAGGUGGCACUUUACAAGAGAAGUCACGUAAUCAAAAAAAAAAUUUUUCCCUCCUCUAAUCCCCAAUCCGAGCCGAAGAAGCUGUUCGUGAUCAUGCCAGUGACCUACUUGACCGCGGUGACGCAGAAGGAGAAGAAGGCCUUGGCCGGCAUGUAUGGCGCGGUGAGUCCCUACGACUGUGCGGUCUACAAGUAUCCGCGACGAAACGACAAGUACUUGAUCUUCCGACUGCUGCUGAAGACCGACGUGCACGCCUCGCACUGGAAGCUCCGUGGCGUCUGUCUGCUGGCGCAGACAGAGUAGGGACAGAGUUGAAAAAAACAAUAAGUAGAAAAAAACAAUAAGUAGUUAGAGUGGAAAUUCUUCAUCUAUCAAGUAGAGAAAUUUACGACUUCUAAUAAAUAAAUUUGUUGCUGAACUUUUACCUUCAUGGAUGUUGAUAACUUCCGGGCGGGAAGGGUGAGAUGACUGACCAAUAUUAGGACAGUAAGUAGGAGUAGGACCACUUGAGCAAGACUAGAAUUACGAGUAUUUUCUGGGCAACUUGUAAAAGAUGAAUCACAUCGCCAUCAAUAUUAGGAAAUAUCUAUUUCAUCCACAGGAACAAGAAUACUACGUAAUCAUGAUCGCGGAAGAUUCUUCUAUCAAUUUUGGCGGUCGUUAUUCCGAUGAUUCAACAAGCCCUUUCUCAUGCUUGGAUGAGCCUUUCCAUUAUGGAAUUUCUAGAUCUAGAUUCUAAGAGCAGGUAUGUGCUCUCCUGUCUCAUCAACAAGCAGUUUCGUCUUAACGCAAGUACCUAGUACAGCCUCCAUUCACCAAUGAAAAUCGAAAUUGUACCCAGUACGAGCUGCAAAGAACAAAAAGAACUGCUUACAACUACUAAGACGAGAUCAACAUCUAGUCUGAUGAAACCUGUGCAGAAGCAAGUACGACUACCAAGAAGGCAAUACUUACGGUUUUCUACUCAACAGCUACAAUCUAUUCACUACUUAUUCAAAAUACCUCAGUGUAAUAAUUGGAUAUCGAUUUCGAAUCAUCUUCAUCUUUCCAUUUGACAAACGCAAAAGCAAUAAAAUGACUCACAACAAUAAUUCUGCAGUCUGAAGAACUGAAAUCUCAACUCAUACAUCGUUAUUCUCACAAUCCGAAAGACCUUGACCAUGAUGAAUCAUCUAUAUGAUACAACAAUCUAUAUUAAGAAAGAAUCAACAGAAUAGUUGCUGAAAGAGGUGGAAAGAACAACUUGAACAGUGCAGUUGCUGCAUCGGUUGUAGGUAUCUUCGAUGCUUGUCGUGUUGGUUCUGAUGCAUCACUACUUACGGUGAGGAUCAAAGGUUCUUACAACUGAUGAUAACUACAAUGUAGUCGGCAAGAUUCAAAAACUGCUAGUAUUGCAUAGAAGAAGUAUAUCGAAACUAAGCAGGGAUACAAACAACUAAACUCACUACUCAGAAGGACCGUAUCUACCACAGUAGGCAAUUUUCUCUCGUGCUUGUUGGGUUGGGUCUGCGCCACAAUGUCCUUAGUGGGAUAAGCUGAUACAUUUAAGAACGCAACGGACCUAAAAAUGCUACUCAGCAGAUUCCAAGAAUAUGGCAGUGUACGUGUUGUGCUUUCGAAGAACUAUCCCGCUGAGGGCACCACCUUGCAAGUAGUGCUUAGGUUUCCAAGGACCGACAAUAGAAGAAACACCACUAAAAGAAAUUCCUUAUGAAAUGAAACUAAAGUAGAAGAUCAAUCCAUCAAUUUAACCUGUAUACCAUUCUCUAGUAGUUGUUGAUACAAAAAAACCAAGUCGGCUUGACGGCAGCAACAAUUGAUGCGAUGGGUUCCGAUAGGACUUGGAGUUACG